GGUGGAGGAGGAGGAGUAGGAGGUGCAUUCUACACAGCACACGCCCACUUUUGUACGCCCAAAUUGCCGCAAACGCUGCCGCUGGCCAGCUCAAGCCGAAGCCCAAGCACUCUGCCACUGCCUCAGCUGGCUGCGGCUUAGUACGCACCAGUUUCUACAGUUAGUUGGCUUGCCAAAAUUCAUUCUAAAGGAGCUCAAUUAAGCACCACAGCCCAUCGCACAAGCAACAAGCAACAACAACACCAAAUAAAGCACAAACGCUUCAACAACAACAUCUACAAUAACAACAACUACAACAACAAUAACAUAAUAACAAUAGACAGCACACAAAGUCUCGUGCCAAUUGAAACCGCAACACAACAAACCAACAACAACAACAACAACAACAACAACUACAACUACAAGAACAACAACGCCAACAACUUUAAACGGAGCUUUUCGAACGGCGCCCGGCAGCUGUAGCUCUAACGGUAGAUGACAAACAAAAUGGCGGAUGGUGGGCAUUCAUUUGUGAAGAAGACAUUUCAUAAGCCAACUUAUUGUCACCACUGCUCGGAUCUACUGUGGGGCCUCAUACAGCAGGGCUACAUAUGCGAGGUUUGCAACUUUAUCAUACACGAGCGAUGUGUCAGCAGCGUGGUAACGCCCUGUUCCGGUAUUGCGCCAUGCAUUAUAAAGAAUCCUGUCGCCCAUUGUUGGUCGGAGCCAACCCAUCACAAGAGAAAAUUCUGCACCGUUUGCCGUAAGAGAUUGGAUGAAACGCCAGCGGUGCAUUGUUUAGUCUGCGAAUAUUUCGCACAUACCGAGUGCCAAGAUUUUGCUGUGCCCGAUUGCACCGAGAAUGCAACAUACGUGCCUGGCAAGGAAUUGCUUAAUGUGCGGCAUCAACAUCAUUGGCGAGAGGGAAAUCUUCCAUCAACGUCCAAAUGCGCUUACUGCAAAAAGACCUGUUGGUCCUCGGAAUGCCUAACAGGCUAUCGGUGCGAGUGGUGUGGCAUGACCACGCACGCCGGAUGUCGCAUGUACCUGCCAACCGAAUGUAAUUUUGGUAUAUUACAACCUAUCUACUUACCUCCGCAUUCAGUUUCGAUACCACGUACUGAGGUGCCAAUCGAGGCGAUUAUUGGCGUCCAAGUCAAAUCCAAGACGUCGCUCGUGCGCGACUAUUCGUGUCCCAGCCCGGAGCUCGGUGCAGAGGCCGCGGCUGGUCAAGUUGGUGCGUCCGGUUUGUGUCUCAAGGAGCUCCUGGAGCUCCAUAGACAGCGACUCGAGCAAUCGAAACAACAUUUUUUACUUUCAACGCCGCCCACGCCCACCUCCUGUGGCUCCAUGUCGCUCUGUGUCUCACCCACGCCCUCGCUGACAGUGGGCGAGUCGAGCAACUACCAGGAUCAGGAUCAAGAGGAGCAGCCGGAUGCCGAGGAGGAUGAUUACGAUCAGCAGUGCAAUACGACGGAGCAUGACAGCGCCCUGCAGCUAACCACGGCCUCCAGCAAUUUGGCCACAGGUCCCUUGCAGAAGUCGCCCUCGGCCAACUCCUCGCUGCACCUGAUCUACACGAGCCUAUUUCGUAAGCUGGGCCAUGGCCAGGGGCGACGACGUCGCCGGCGCGGCGCCUCCAACAGCGAGCAGGAGGAGGAGGAGGAGGAGGAGGACGACGAUGUGAAUGUGGAUGGCGGUGUCUGUGAUAUAAGUGGCGGCGAUCUGAGUGACGAUUACGAUCACUGCGAUGUGCUGUUGCGGAAGCGCUGCACGCGUCGGUCGCCGCGCGAUGUCAGCGAGACGGAUUACCAUGGCGACGUGGAGCUGGAGACGGCGCCGCGGGAGAGCUGCUACGAGACGUCCGACACGGGCGGCGAGCUGACAAACACCGAGGAUCUCGACUCCAGCAUGAAUCUGAUCAGCAACCUUAGCUAUAAUAGUAGUAAUAGUAACACCUCCAACACCUCCGAGCAGCGCCAGAUUCAGGCGCGUUCCACUGCCACAGCCGCAGCCGCAGCUGCUGCCGCCGCCAGGGGUGUGGUCAUCGCCCCAGGACCAAUCCCUGCCUUAAGCGCGCUCGCUGGCCGCAACCUAAAGACUGGUGCUCUCCUGAAAGCCAAGCCCAAGCUCAAGCCCAAGCCCAUACUCAGUGCGCCCAAGCACAAGGGCGGCUCCGUGAGCUCUCCCAAUUCCAGCGACUGCUCCUCGGCAUCGCCCGCGCCCGCGCCCGAGCCCGCCUCGUCGCUCCUACAGCUGUCACCGGUGGGACGCAGCAAAUCGUUUCAGGAGCCGGGCGUUGCCCGCUACAAAAAGUACGGACGCGGCCUGUUCCAGCGUCGUCGAUCGAAGCGCUCGCCCAAAGGCGGCGCCAAGAGCAACUACAGCCUGGACAGGCUGUCGCAGAAUAUCGAGAUAACCAUACAGGAUGAGGAUGGCAACUAUCAGCCAUACGAUGACAACUAUCACACACUCUCCGCGGCACGCCUGCCGCUCGACACGGAUGCCGAUGUCUACGACGAUGUCGAGUACGAGGAUCUGUAUCUGGACGAUCGGCCGCACAGCGCGGGCGAUGACAUUGCUGGCGAUAUCAGCGAUGGCGCCACCAGCAGUCGAUCCCGCGCCAGCGACGCGGAUGCCCAGGGACAGGGUCACGUGCUCGAUCGGCUGCUGCGGCGCGUCCGCGGCCUGUCCGCCGGCUGGCGCAAGCCGCGCUACCAGAAGCGCAGAGCACGCAGUAUAUCGGAGGAAUUUAGCAGCGGGGAUGCACCACGUUUCAAGGACGAGGAGUCGCUGGGCAAGGCAGAGUCCUCGCACGGCGCGAACACGGCAGGCGGCGGCGGCGGCAGCAGUGGAGGAGGGGGAGCAGGUGCUUCUAGCGGCGGCGGCACAGGUGGCUCGUCCACAUACUAUCGCCCCGACGCCACGGGGCACAAGUCCGACAAGUCGGAGAAGGACCGCGAGAAGAAGGAAAAGGAGCGCGAGGAGAAGGACAUAGAGAUGAUCAAGGUCUUUGACGGCAACAACUCAUUCCGGCGCCAGCAGUACCGUGCGAUCAUCGUACAGCGUACCUAUACGCUGGAACAAUUACUGACAACCGCCUUGCGGGCGUUUCACAUAACGCGCGAUCCGCAGGCGUUCUAUUUGACCGAUCUGUAUGCGGCCACUGGCAUGGAGGAUGCAGCGCUGCAGGAUCCGACUCCGGUGUUGAAUCUAACACACUUGGAGGGCAAGCGACCGGCCAUGUUUCUCAGGUUUCAGGACAAGGACAGGGGACAUGUGCGCGUGUAUCCCGGCAAAUUGCAAUGCUCACUGGAAGAUCCCUAUGUCAAUGUGCCUGUCGAUAAUACAACAGUUAUCAAGGACUUGAUACGAGACGCACUCGACAAAUUCGGUCUACAAGAUAACCAGAUACAGGACUAUAGAUGCUCGGAGGUGCUGCUCGAUCGCGGCGUUACCGAGCGCAUACUCUCGUGGAACGAACGUCCGUGGGAUAUUAUGAAGCAGCUGGGCAAGGAUUCCAUUCGUCAAAUGGAACUGAUGCGCUUCUACAUGCAGCACAAGCAGGAUCCCCACGGGCCGAACAUUGCGCUCUUUGUGGGCAACCUGCCCACAGGACUAUCGCAGCGCAACUACGAGCAGAUCCUAAGCAAAUAUGUGACCGAUGAGAAUAAGUUCAUCAGCAUUGGGCCCAUCUACUAUGAGUACGGCUCGGUUGUGCUCACAUUCGAGGAUUCUCAAAAGGCGGUUCGUGCUUUCUACAACCUACGCGAGACGAUCAUCGAGGACAAGAAACUGUUGGUCCUGCUCUUGCCGAAUAUUGAGCCCAGCAUGGUGCCCUCGGAUGUCAGGCCCCUGCUGGUCUUUGUAAAUGUCAAAUCCGGCGGCUGUCAGGGCCUCGAACUAAUAUCGAGCUUUAGGAAACUACUGAAUCCGUAUCAGGUCUUUGACCUGGACAACGGAGGUCCGCUGCCAGGGCUGUACGUGUUCCGGCAGAUCACGAACUACAAGAUCUUGGUGUGCGGCGGCGAUGGCACCAUCGGCUGGGUGUUGCAGUGCCUGGACAAUGUUGGCCAGGACUCGGAAUGCUCUAGUCCACCGUGCGCUAUUGUACCCCUAGGUACAGGCAACGAUCUGGCGCGGGUUUUAUGCUGGGGUUCCGGCUACACCGGUGGCGAGGAUCCGCUCAAUAUGCUGCGCGAUGUCAUUGAGGCCGAGGAGAUACGCUUGGAUCGUUGGACAGUCGUCUUUCAUCCGGAAGACAAGCCCGAAGAGCCGGCCAUGAAGGCGCCCUCACAAACAACGGGUAAGAAGAAGAAGGCUCACCAAGCACAUCUAUCGCAACAAACAAAUCAGCAUCAUCAAUUACCGGCUCUGACAUCGAGUGAUAUAUCAGGUGGCGCCCAGAAUGAGGACAACUCGCAGAUAUUUGUGAUGAACAACUAUUUUGGCAUUGGCAUCGAUGCCGAUCUGUGUCUGGACUUUCACAAUGCCCGGGAGGAGAAUCCCAAUCAGUUCAAUUCUCGGCUGCGCAACAAGGGCUACUAUGUUAAAAUGGGAUUACGCAAGAUUGUGGGUCGCAAAACGGUCAAGGAUUUGCAGAAGGAGCUGCGCCUAGAGGUCGACGGCAAGGUGGUCGAGCUGCCACCCGUCGAUGGCAUCAUCAUAUUAAAUAUAUUGAGCUGGGGCAGCGGCGCGAAUCCCUGGGGUCCGGACAAGGAUGAUCAGUUCAGCACGCCCAAUCACUACGAUGGCAUGUUGGAGGUUGUGGGCGUGACGGGCGUCGUGCAUCUGGGCCAGAUACAGUCCGGCAUACGCACGGCCAUGCGCAUUGCACAGGGUGGUCACAUCAAAAUACAUUUGAACACCGACAUGCCGGUGCAGGUGGACGGCGAGCCUUGGAUUCAGAGUCCCGGCGACGUGGUCGUCCUCAAGUCCGCGCUCAAGGCCACCAUGCUGAAGAAAACGAAGAGCAAACGACGCCUGACGGAGCCGCAUAUCUCGCCGGCGGUGCUCAGCCUCUCGCUCGCGGGCAGCACCUCGGCCAUGCAAUCUGUGCCGCAGCAGUCGCAGCUACAACAACAGCAGCAGCAGCAGCAGCAGCAGCAGCAGCUACAACAACAGCAGCAACAGCAGCAGCAGCAGCAACAGCUCGAGAAUGGCGACAAGGAUAUUUCGGUGCCGCCCUCGCUGCACCUGGGCAGCUCCUAGAGUCUAGCCUCAGCAUAUACGUCCGGUCUGCGUUAUUGGUUCUCCUGUUUUUUUCCGUAGUAGGCCGCAUUCAAAAAUACACUAUACUACAUACAUAGAGACAGCAAACGGCAGGAUAAGCAAGCUGAUUUAAACUGAAAGUCAAGCAAAUGCAUUAGCACAAAGCCAUCCAAGCAAAAUUUGCAACAAAUUAGAACAGAACUUUGAUGCAAGCUCGUUAACUUGUUGUAGUAUAUAUUCCGGCUAAUUAGCCAGCCGCUGGCCAACAUUAAGAGCUGUAAACGCGGCUUACAAAACUUAAACUAGCUGCACACACACACACACACA